UUGGAAAACUUGGUAAAGAUAUCAAGAAAAAUGAGCGAGGAGCACGAAGAAAACCAAGUGGAAAGAAUGCUGGGUAAUUCAAAUAACCAAUUAUCCUUGGAUAGAAUGGUUAAUUUGGAUAUCCGAAAGCCAGUUAAUGGAAGUGGUUAUGGGGUUUUACUUCCAAAAGAGAACGAAGAAAUAAAAUGCCCCAUUUCCUAUUAUACCAAGUAA